AUGGAUUUUGUGAAGGAAUUAAUUAAGGUAGGAUUGCACAGGGUGUUGCCUGUUAAGGUGGCACAAUAGUUAGUGAUAAAAUUUUACUUUAGUUGCACGCAAGGAGAAUGUUUAACUCUUGCUCAAUACCAGGUUUUUUCCAGGAACUCUAUUUUUCUCUUGCAAAUAACAUUCAGUGUGAAUUAUAACAGUCAGAAAUCAGCUAUUUGCUGAACAAAAACAUAUGGCCAAUUAAUUUUAUUCCAUACAAACAUACAGCUAGAUAAAAUACUCAGUAUUCAUUUUAAUUAAGUACUGUUCAAAAUGCAUGAAAAAAAAACACAAAACAUAUUCUUGGCUUUGCUGUGACAGGCAACAAAAGUUUACAUUACUAAAUUUAUGUACCAGACAUGCAGAUUAUUCGAGAAAAAAAUAUAUAGGGACCAAGGAAUUCUUGGUUGCAUUGAUCUUUGGGAUUGCCUACCAAAAGUUAUAAGUAUGAUAGGUCAUACGGGAAGUGAUCAGCAGGACAAAUCGAUGUAUAUAUAUUGAAAAGCUGGCUGACCAUUAUUACCCAAUGUCCAAGAAACUGCACAUGUAUUUGAGUACCCCAGACAUUUGUCAAACCCAAGCAAAAUUGUUUUAUUAAUUCCACACUGGUAACAAUUAAAUGGUCCUUGCUUAAGAGAGGUGCUUAGAUAGAAGUAUUCAGUACAAAAAAGCUAGUUUAUUGUCUGUGUCAUGUACUAUUUGCUAGGAAUUGAGACAAUAUAUAGAUGAAUAUACAAUGGUGUAUGAUCCAACAGACGAAGGUGAUUGGAGACUGGUGGUGAAUGAAGUGACCGCAUUUAUUGAUGUAAGUUUUCAACUCAUAUAAACGAAUGAAAAUUUCACAACUUGUCAACAAGAUAGCAUUGCUUCCUGUCUUAGAAGUUGUAACUCAAUUGAUCAUCAAUAUCCAAAUAGCUCAGCAGUUGAGAGUGGUUUAAAGGUUAAAGUAGAGACCCAGACUGAGAUUUUAUUUUGCUCGGGAAAUAUUUUUUCUUUGAGAAAAAUGUUGGAUAUUUUCACAGAAAAUGUACGGCAGACCAAGGAUUCAUGCAGUCAGAAAGUGUUUUUGUCAAAUAGGAAGAUGAGAAAUCUGCUUGGUUCUUGGUUCACAAGGGCAUUUUGUGCAGAUUUUCCAGAAAUUAUUUGCUGGUUUUUUACCAUUUUGUGCAGAUUUCCAUAAUUGCAAGAAUUUUUGCACCUUUGCACUGGAAAUUAAUUUCCCCCAAAACUAAAACUUUACAGUCUGGGGUCAGAGACAUUGUGUUUGAUUCCCAGUUGGGACAGCCAGAAAUUCGUUUUCCACAAGUGAGGUAUCUACAUUUCAAUACCUCAAGUCAGAAUAGUUUUUGAAUACCAUUAUUUUUAAUAUCAACAAGAUGUGCUUUUUUCAUAUUUUUUCAUAUUUUAGUAAGCCGCCAUUUUGUUCUCUCAUUCUCUGCAAUUUUGUACUAUUUUUAAAUUGACUUUCUUAUUUCCAUCAAAAAUGACAGAAUAUUACGUAGAAUCUUUAAAAAUUAUUCUGAGAUUAUUAAACUCCAAUAUUCCAAUUCUAUGAAAACUUCAUUACAUAUAAAAAUUGAAAUAAGCUUUUUUAUAGUAUUUUAAUAUCUAAAACAACUUAAUAAUUAUCUAGGUUGAAAAGAAAUAUACUUACUAACUGUUUCAUGUUCUUUCAUAUAGACAAGGCCACAAGUGACACAGUGAAGAAAUGAACUUCUCUUUUCAAAAAUUUAAUUUCCAGCGGAACACUUUCAGUUUCUUUUCCAUUUCGUUUUAAACUUUUACAAAGAAAAUGUUGAAACAAAUGAUACUGAUAAUAAAUUUACUUUUAUAUAAUGACUUUAUGGUGCUUCUUUACAACAUAAUUUCAUCUUUUUUAUCGUUUUAAAUUUGCACUUUUCAGUUGAGUUUCUUGUCCACCAUUUUGAACUCUGCUUGUGCAAAUCAGGCACAGGCACACUGCCUUGGGCGUUAAAACCUGCAAUCAGGAACGCAAAUAAUUAAUUUAUUCUCUUUUUUUCAUUGUACUUUUAUCUAGUCCGAAUCUUUGGUGACGGUUAUGAACGCAGACGUUACACCGCGCAUCUUAUCACAUCGCUUGAAUUCCGAGGUACAGAAAUGCUUUACUUUUCGCGAUUAUCAUGAAACUUAAAAGAACGAUCUGACGUUUUCUUUUGCCACUGGUUUAACUGAAGAUUAUCGCGAGAACCGCAGACUGAAUGCGAUUUUCACAAAAUUUCGUAUUGAUAGUGUUUCGUCGCUUGGCGUAAGAAAUACAACGUCUGCGAGCAGGCUAGAUUGUUAGGAGCGCAAAUAUCUAAACAAUACAAGGAGAACUACUUCGACGUUUUGAGCGCUUUGGCGGCCGCCCCCUCGCCCCCUCCCCCCAAGAUUUCUGCCACUGUGCGACAGUUUUAGACAGCAGUUGUGUAGUGUGAAUCGGCCUAAUUAUCAAUCCGAAGUGAUUUUGACAACCACAUUAAAAAUCGCUUGCGCACAAAAUCGGCAAGUUAAAACAUGAUUUGAAUAUCAAAUACAGUUGAAACACAGUAACUUAUCGGAGUGACUAAAUUCCUCGACAGCUGAAACACAGCUCUAUAAUUCCAGAGACCUCGAGAAGAGAACGAACGACCUUCGUUAUCUUUGCAAGAGAUAGUGAUAGUUGGCAACAGUGAAAAACAAGUGAAGUUUAGUGAACUAACGUUGGAUAUGUUUCGUAUGCUACAAGCUCUGGAAAGAGAGCCUGAAGAAUAUCAACCGUACAUUUUGGAGAAUUCUGCUGAUUUCACUGGCGAUCAGGUAAUGAUGGAUGAAAAUGUUACACACUGAGUCAAUUCCCUCAAACAUUUCUUACAGUCCUUCAAAACUUAGAAUUUACCUAUCCAGAAUUCCUACUGUGAUCACAGAAACUUUGAUAGUAGAGAGGUUAAGAUACCCCGGUUCCGGUUUACGGGUACGGGUGAUAUACACGUACCCGUAAACCGGGGAACGACUUGUAACUUAAGAAAUCCAAGAUAUUCCGGCGUGAGUUAACCUAUCUGAGAAUGGCAACUUUCGCUGUUGAGGUUCGCCAUAGAUUGUUGAAACCUUUGACAAGCAUAAGUGCAUUAUUUAUUUGGGUAAGAUGCUGAAAAUUUUUACUAUUUAAACGGCCCACAAAUAGUAAACAGAAAACACCCGUACCCGUUUGUCUUUUACGUGUAUAGACCAUGGUUUACCGCGGGGAAACGGGUAGAAAUUACGGGUACAAAUGCUGACAUCAGCAAAAAUUGGUAAACAAAAUGGCGAUACUCGUACCCGUAGACCGGAACUGGGCUAUCUUAACCUCUCUAAUGUUAAAAUUAAACCAGUCGUUACUGGACAGUUUAUAGAACUGAUAGAGCUAUCAGGUAUAAAUAAAGACAGGUUUACACUAUCAAAGUUUCUAUGAUCAAAGUAGGAAUUUUGCAUAGGUAUAAAUUCUAUGUUUUGAAGAAUUUGUAAGAAAUGUUUGAGGGAACUGGCUGUUAUUGAACACUGAAUCAGUUUCUUCAAACUUUUCCUACACAUCCUUCAAAACUUAGAAUCUACCUGUGCUAUUAAAUUUCUGCUGUGAUCACAGAAACUUUCAUAGUGUAAACCAGGCUUAAUGUUAGGUUACUUUAAAGUUAGGUUACUGGAAAAAUAAGGCAUCCUUAUUGGACCUCUAGGUAUUUAGAACAAUACGGUUAUUCCGCUGCUGCAAAAGUCGAAGUUAAUCACUAAUCAGUUAAUUAUUUAUUAGUUAAUUUCAUUAAUUAACAAAGAUCGAGUUCUAUAUACGCCCAUUGUUAACUUUCCCUUCUUGGAUAGAUGAAGAAGGAAACAGCACCGUCCAAAAAACCAAAUCCUCACAAAUAUUUGCUGUAUAAACCGACAUUUAGUCAACUUUUCACUUUCCUUGCUUCAGGAUUUAAGGUGAGAAGAUGAAUGCUCAGCUUAUAGCGGGCUCAAUUGGCAGGCCAUAUGUCGAAAUUUUUUAAUUGUGCAUGAGCGGUAGAACAGAUUUAUUCGACGACGAAAUAUUUAUCUGUAGUAUAGUUUCUCCACCCUUAGUAUAUUUUGUGCCCCUUCUAAACUAUCCUAUACUGAAUCUGAAAUUAGGGUAGGUGCAUGCUCUAACUCUAUUCUCUUUGAAUUUGUACUCGCUUUUUAAUCUCUAAUCUUCCAGGAACUGCCACAUAAUGCUGUAAUGUUGAUUUAUCUAUCAGCAGACGGUCACGGAGUGGAAAACAAACACGUCGAUGGUAAGACACUGAAAUAGCUACCAAUACCGUCGGAAGUGAAUUUUUUAUCAGGCAGCUUCAUGCACCUUCGGAAAAAAUUGCAUUUUCGAAGCCUCGGAAGUGCAUUUUCCGUGUUUCCCGCGAGAGGACUUUUUAUCAGUGAAGUAAUUCAAGAUUUUGUAAUGCACUUUACAACCUCAUCUCCCAGUUUUGAUAACAUUCGCUGAAUUUCGCUCUAUGUAUACGCAAUGUCAACGUAACAACAAAUUAGUAUUACAGAUGAGUGGACUGUAAUUAGCUCUGCAUCAAAUACAUACGCCCGUAUUCUAAAAGCUCACUCACACUCACACUCAAUGAGUGGAAGUUCAAUAUGAGCUUCUCUCCAGUGUCAUUGCUGUUUUUGAAUAGUUGGAGGGCUAGUGUCAUACAUUACUAUAUGACUACUCACCCUCCACUACCUCCAGCUAUUCAAAAACAGCAUUGACACUCAAGAGAAGCUCAGAUUGAACCUUCACUCAUUGAGUGUGAGUGAGCUUUUAGAAUACGGGCGAUAAAGUUUGAAAAAGAAGCACAAUGCUGGAUGAGAAAAUUAUUGAGUUGUCCUAGCUCCGCUAAUCCCGCUAUAGCCCUACAGCUCAGUUCUAGCUAUACACUAUAGUUAUAGCCAGGGCUGUUCAUACGGAGGAUGAUUCGCUUAACAAAGCUCUCCUUAUUACGGCUUUGAUAAACAUACAAAACUGACAUUUCAAACUUUGAUUCCAGUAACAAUAUAAAAUUCAUUGAAACGAUCUUUUAUGAUCAGGAAAAAAUCUUCGUGACACGAACAGCCCCUAAGAACUGCAAAAUAAAUUUCAUCAUGCCUAUCCAUAGGUCCAUAUGGCCAAGGUGGUGUACGAAUGUCAGCUCACAAAGGUUUACAAAACACUGGCAGCACGACGCGAAUAAUGCAAAGUAAUGUGAAUGAUACGAACAUGUAAGUGGAUGCAAUAAAAGCUGUUUAACAUAUCCUGCAUUACUCAAGGAAAAUACAAACCAAGCAUGCAUGUGUCAAAUACAUUUUUGUUGCAUGCCAUAUACAGCUAUUUCAAUUAAGGUUGUCCACGAGCAAAGCGGAAAAGCGAGUCGAAUACGAGCGCGAAAGGCUGCUGGGAAUCGCUAAAAGAUUAAUGAAUUUUCAUAGCGAUUCCCAGCAGCCUUUCGCGCUCGUAUUCGACUUUUCCGCUUUGCUCGUGGACAACCUUAAUUGAAAUAGCUGUAUACCUUGUUAUUACGGUCGGUCAUAAAAACAUCGCCUAUUCGCGUGAGAAUGUUAAGUUUUCUUAUUUUGACAUAAUAGCUAUUUUUCUAUAAAUAUAUUGAUGUUAAACUUAUUGAAUCAAUAUCAUACUGGCCUGAAACAAGUUUCAGGCCAGUUGUACCAGAAGUUAUACGCGCUAACGCAUCAUAAGGUUUCAGGUAGCAUGCAACAUGUACGCACUGCGUACCUAUUUUUAUACAAUUUCAGAAUAUAUCCAGACGAUUUGAUGCCAUUUACAAGAAAAGCUAUGAUGCUUAUUGUGGACAGCGAAACAAGCACUGCAUUUCAGGUGAGAUCAUGAGUGUCUUUAUAGUUGCUGUAAAUGGCCGACAACUGUCUAGUCAUAAUAAAACUAACACGAGCAUAUUAACACAUUACAUUUAGUCGCUGUCUAGUGGUUUUGGUCAAUCUGUGGUUAUUUUGAUGUCCCCGUGUAAAGUACCACACACACUUCAAGGUAAAGUGUGCACUGUCGAUAAAUGAACACAAGGGGCGAACCACACACACACCCUACCCUAACCCCCGCCCAUUAUUUACGGUUGCAAGUGGUUGGUACUCAACAAUGAUUUUUCAAAAAUGACAGCCUUCAAUGAAAUGAACAUUUCUUACUCGGAUAUCUGCUGCAGAAUUUUGCUUUAUGAAACCCAGGGGGGGGGGGGAGAGUUGACGAAACCCACUCCCUUGAGCAUUACAAUACACCCUUUCGAUAAUUACGUCAUUUGGCCUGGGCGCCUCGCUGUCAUGAAUCGUGAGCCAAUCACCUUGCGUAAUCUACUGAUGAGAGCGAGGCUCCAAGACCAAAAAGUAUGUGUGACGUAAUUAUCGAAAGGGUGUAUUAAAAUGCUUAUCGUUCAAUUCUUUGCUAGAUGCAAUACGUAAAGGGAAUCUAUUCACGCUAUUUCUACACAACCCAUUGGUGGCAUUUCUGUAUAUAUGCAAUAUCGCUAACGUCCAGGUUGAACUAUGGGAACAAUGUUGCCAACAGCUGCGAGGAUUCGAGGGAGACUGGACCAGGCUUUUCACGAAGUUGUCAAAAGUCAUUGGUAAGAUGAUAAUUCUUUUCUUGGAUGCGAAAUUAUAAGUGAAAUUAUAAUCACAUGCACGUACUGCAUCUUGUAUGAAUCAAAUCUCGAUUCACACUUCCCUAAAUAAUCAUGUCAGUUUAAAAUAUUGCUUCCAAUCAUUCGUUUUACAGACGUGUCAUAUAUUCAAAUGAUAGAUGACGAAUUUCUUUCAUUGAUGAUUCGAAGGUUCAUAUUUUGUUACUAUGUAACGAGACAACACAAGGCUUUUAAGGUAGGUCUACUGCAGCUAAAUAAACCGCCAACAUCUGCGAGUCUGUUACCCCCAUUAACCUUGUAACAUGAUGAUAACAACUUGUUCCAGCCUUGUCAACAACUGGGAACAAGGUCAACAAGCAGUAUGAACACAUUUUGUUGACAAGCUGCGAGAAUAAGUAGAAUAGCUAUACCCUAACAUGCACAUAUUGCAACCGUGAUUUUAACAGUUCGAAAUUGAUAAUAUUCCCUUCUUACCUAGGGCAUGGAAUAUUUCCCUAGUUGCUCUCCAAGUUUACCCCCUCAAAUCAUGGAGAACGAUGACUUACGUAAACGUGUGCUUACUCUGGCGUCUACGUUGGACGUGCGAGGAUUGUUUUAUGAACUGGAAGACAUCCCAUCUGUCAGUGUAACGAUGUGA